AAUUUUUGGGACAAUCAUUAGACACAAAUCAUUAUACAGAAAUACAGUUUUUCAAUAUCCUUUAUUAAUUCAUUUAUCUUAACUUAAUCACUCAGUCACCAUUAUAUAAAGAGGACCAUAUCAGAAGAAGAACCAACAACAAACAUCAAAACACCAAGUGAUAUAUUAGAGAAAAGCUUAAUUAAUCCCAUGUCAACCUUUCUACAAACUUCUUUUUUAGAGAAAAACUUCUACUCAUUAUUCCCUAUGCUUUUUGUCACUAUCUUUCUACUAGUACUUUCUCUUUUCUUCUUCAUCAAAUGGUUUUUCAACAAUUCUUCUGUCACACAAAAAAACUCACCACCUUCACCUCCAAGAUUGCCUAUACUUGGUAAUCUCCAUCAACUUAGCUUAUUCCCUCACCGAUCACUCCAAAAUUUUGCUCAAAAAUAUGGACCUCUAAUGCUUCUUUAUUUUGGAAAGGUUCCAGUCAUUGUAGUUUCCUCUGCUGAUGCAGCUAGUAAAGUAUUGAAAACUCAUGACUCGGUCUGUUGUGAUAGGCCACAUCGUAAAAUCUUCGAUAUCCUUUUCUACUGUUCCAAAGAUGUGGCAAGUUGUGGAUAUGGUGAGUAUUGGAAACAGGUAAGGAGUCUCAGUGUGAUAAACCUUUUGAGUAACAAAAGAGUUGAAUCUUAUCGUUGUAUUAGAGAGGAAGAAACUGCAAAAGUGAUGCAAAGCAUCAUUCAACAGAAGAAUACUUCUGUGAAUUUAUCAGAGGUGUGCUCUACAAUUACUAAUGAUAUAACAUGCAGGGUGGUUCUAGGAAAAAGAUACCGUGAGGAAGGCGGAGUGUUGCCGGAGCUAAUGUUGGAGUUUGGAGAGUUAUUGAUUAUUUUCUUUAUAGGAGAUUAUAUACCUUGGCUUAGUUGGUUGGGUAAGUUUAAUGGUUUUUAUAGCAAGGCGGAAAAAGUGGCCAAACAUUUGGAUGAAUUUUUUGACAAAGUUAUUGAGGAGCACAUCAGUGGUAGUAGAUUUGAUGGCCAUGUUGGUGAAGAUAACAGUGAUUUUGUGGACGUUUUGCUUUCAGUUCAAAAGAGCAAUGAUACUGGCUUCUCAUUGGAUAAAACUGCAAUUAAGGGUUUGUUACUGGACAUGUUUGCUGCUGGAACUGAUACUACCUACACAGUCCUAGAAUGGGCAUUGUCAGAACUACUAAGACAUCAAACUGUGAUGCAUAAAUUGCAAGAUGAGGUCAGAACUGUGGUUGGUAACAGAACUCAUGUAACUGAGGAGGAUUUGGUUAACAUGAACUACUUAAAGGCUGUGAUCAAAGAAACUCUUCGCCUGCAUAUCCCGGUACCCUUAUUAGUCCCUCGGAGAACUAUGGAAGAUAUCAAAUUAGAUGGCUAUGACAUAGCAGCUGGUUCACAUGUGAUAGUGAAUGCUUGGGCAAUUGCAAGAGACUCUUCAAUUUGGGAGAAACCUCUAGAGUUUAAACCAGAAAGGUUCAUGAAUAGUUCAAUAGAUUAUAAAGGAUUGGAUUUUGAACUUAUACCAUUUGGAGCAGGAAGGAGAGGUUGUCCUGGAGUGACUUUUGCUAUUUCUAUCAAUGAAUUGGUUUUAGCAAACCUUGUUAACCAAUUUGAUUGGAAAUUGCCUGAUGGAGUAGAAGGAAAGGAUUUGGACAUGUCUGAAACUAAUGGCCUUACUUGUCGUCGAAAAUAUCCUCUAAUUGCAGUUGCUACCAAAUAUGACAGAAAUGAAUAAACAGUUAAAAUAGCAAGAAUAUCAUUAUUAAAAAGAGGGAACUUUGUUUGAAGGCAUUGUUUGAAAGUAUGUUUUAAUAUUUAUGUGUUAUUGUUAUUAAUAACUGUGAUUGAACAAUGUAUAUUGAUGUUUAGUUUGAGUACUUAAGACAUCAAUUAGUCAUUAAAAUUGUAAGGUGUCAAUCAAUUUAGUUGUAUUAACUAUUAAGUGAAGUGAAAGGUUUCAAUCCUUGUAAUUCCAAGUAAUUCAGAAGUUACAAUGAUGUUUUACUUUGCAUACUCA